GCGCUAUAUGUGGUACUUUGUCCCCUUUCCAUGAUCGGUGCCGACGGGCACUUGAGCGGUUACAUCCAGUGUGUCAGCCAAGUGUUUCAUGUCAAGGAACAUAGUGUCAAGUUAUUGAAGGUGACAGCCACGCGGGACUGUUUUUGCCAUGACUCCCUGAAUAUUCUCGUUCGCUGGUUAGAAUCCCGUGAAUCCGAUGAUGACCGUCUUGCAAGAAAAAAAUUCUUGCAUGUUUGUUCUGUUGGUCGCUUCAUUAUGGCUAAAGGCUUACGAGAAAGCAAGGUAUACCGUGGACAAGCCAGAGAGUGCGUUAUGUGGAUCUAUCAACCGGGGUUUUCUGAAGCCGAAACUCACCCCGCCCUUCUACCCUGCGACCCAGUCAAGUGUCCGUCGUGGCCAGUGUGCUUGGUCUCUCGACUCAGCUGCCGCGUUCACUUUGUCCACAAACACGGGGCGUUCUUCACAUGCACUGCUGUUGACGAUUCUUUAUCUCCGCUGUCUACACUUCUCGGAAUCUGUACCAGUUUCCCAAACCGACACAAACUCAAUCCCGGUCGCCGAAUUGUGUUCCACAAUCUAUGGCUCUGUCCAAUGCCCUCCACUGCAUUUGCUCCUUAUAAUGGGGUAGUUAUCUUGGGCAUAUUCACCGCCUGUUCCCAACCGCCCUUCUCUCUCAUCAAAAAUAACCAAGCACCUAUACCAGAGGAGCCUUUUUUGUCAGAUUUGAUGCUGCCCAACAAAUUGAUAGAUGUCGAAUCAUUAGUCAACCGUCUCUUGGACAUUCUUUGCUCAACUCACACUUACCAACAACCAGCCAAGUUCGGAUGACACCUCACCGGACCACAGUUGGUGCACACAAACAUUGGUGGCUCGUAGAACCCCAUCCACCAGUGGUUCUGCAGCUCUUCCAG